CCGGCGCUCGUUUCCGCCGGGCUGGAGCGCCUCGUCCCCCUUCUGGGGCCGCGGGGGACGAGGGGCGGUGACCUCGGCGCACGCCCCGCGCCCCAGUGUCUCGGCCCGCGCCCCGGCCGCCAGCAUGGUGUUGCUGGCCGGGCCCGGGCCGGAGGGCGGCGGGGCGCGCCGCGUGCCCCCGCAGACGCCGUCCCCACCCCGGGGCGCUCUGGUCGAGGAGGACCCUGCCGACUACGAGGAGUACGAGGACUUCUCGUGUCUGCCCGACACCCGCAGCAUCGCCUCGGACGACUCCUUUUACCCUGUCGGAGGCGAGGAGGAAUACGGCACCGCGAGUGCGGGGAGCGUCCCAGAGGGCGUCCCGGAGGAGGCGACCCUCCUGCGCGCCGCCUGCGCCAACGACGUGGGGCUGCUGAGGGAGCUGGUGCGGCGGGGGCCGCGCGCUGAGGAGGUGCGGGAGACCGACCGCAACGGCCGGACUGGCCUUAUUGUCGCCUGCUACCACGGCUUUGUGGAUACUGUGGUGGUCUUAGCAGAGUGCCCCCACGUUGAUGUCAACUGGCAGGACAGCGAGGGGAACACGGCCCUAAUCACAGCCGCACAGGCAGGGCAUGCCACCAUCACCAACUACUUGCUGAACUAUUUUCCUGGCCUUGACCUUGAGAGGAGGAACGUGUUUGGGUUCACUGCCCUAAUGAAAGCCGCCAUGCAGGGCCGAACAGAGUGCAUCAGAGCCCUGAUGCUAGCAGGAGCAGAUGUCCAUGCCAGGGACCCCCGCCGUGGGAUGUCGCCCCAGGAGUGGGCCACUUACACUGGACGGGUGGAGGCUGUCCGCCUCAUCCAGAGGCUGCUGGAGCGACCCUGCCCGGAGCAGUUUGGGGAAAAAUACAAACCAGAGCUGCCGCUGCCUCCGGAGGCCGUUCUGAAGCCCUCGGGCUCCAAAAACUGCUUGCAGAAGCUCACCGAGCUCGUGCGGUCCACGCUGACCUCCCGCUCACGCCAGGGCCUGGAGGAUGGGGGUGUCCUGGACCACAUGGUCAGGAUGACCACGAGCCUGUACAGCCCCGCCGUCGCCAUCGUCUGCCAGACUGUGUGCCCCGAGAGCCCCCCCUGUGUGGGGAAAAGGCGGCUGGCGGUGCAGGAAAUCCUGGAGGCUCAGGGGAACCGGGACACGCACGCCCAGGAGAGUGACAAGAUCCAGGGCUCUGAGCAGCCAUUCCGGACCUCCCAGGCCGUCGGGGUCUCCAGAGAGGUGGCCCCGAGAGCCAGCCUCCCGUCUCCGCAGCUGUCGGGUGCCCCGCGGAGGACCAGCCUCCUGCCCCUGCAGCUGCUGAGGAGGAGCAGCGUGCGGCCCGGCGUGGUCAUCCCCAGGGUGCGCAUCAGCAAGGCGCCCGCGCCCACCUUCCAGCCGGAGCGGACGGCCGCCAAGGGCAGCACCAAGGACAGCGCCCACCUGCAGCUCCCCAAGUGGCGGUACAAGGAGGCCAAGGAGGAAAAGAGGAAGGCGGAAGAGGCGGAGAAGCAGCGGGUGGCGGCGGCGCAGAAGGAAAAGCGGGCGUCCUCCUGGAGGAAAAGGACGUGAGGGGUCCGAGGCCUGGAAGCGUGUGCGGUGGGGGAGGGAGCAGCGGGGCUGCGCGCGGAGAGGGGUGCGGGUGUGCCUCCCUCCUGCCCUCGCCCCUCCCGCAGCGCUGCACCUCCCUGCACAUCCCGGGCAGAGGGGCGCCCUCGGACCUGGACCCAGAAGUGCUCCCCGUUUGUUUGUUCAGGCUGCACCCUUGCGUGAAUUGGGCAGGGCACAGGUCGAAUAGCCUGAAACCAGUUCCCCUAGCGAUCAGUGCACCUGGUGGGCAAAUUUGCCGCGAAGCCUACCUUUAGAACCUCACUUGGGAAAUUUAUAAGACCAAUUUAUCAAGGGGUCUGAAUAAUUUUGUAUUUUUAAUCAUGAUCCAAUUUGCAGCAUUUUACUGGUGAUGGGGUUGUUUGUAUUUAAGACGGUUUUAAUACAUUUGCCCGAAGACCCUUUGUUUAACAUACUGUUUCUGGCAAUCAUUAUUUGUGAUAUCUCUAUGAUUUCCUACAGAAUUUUUCGGGAGUCUCCCCUUUCUUGCUGUUUGUCUUUCCUUCUCAUUGGACGCGCACGUGCGCGCUGUAUGUUCUUAUUGAUUUGAUUCAGUGAUUUGGAAUAUUUGUUUCUAUUUGAUGGAGGCAUUUCCUUUUCCAGCAAAAUGAUGACGUGAGACAGGGGAAUCAGAGUUCCUUGUGUCUUAUUUUAAAGCUCUCUUACUUAGACGGUAAUAAUAAUGAAGAAAAACCUGUUGUCAAAGCAUGAAACCGUGCAUCGAGAAGCAUGUACUUAUUGCUGGAACUAAGUAUUUUAAGCAAGGGACUUUAGAUAAACCGGAUGCAAAACCUUUAACAUAUUCAAAAAUAGAUACGAGAAAAAUCUAUUAUCUAAUAAAAUGGGGGCAAAUGUAAUAAGUUUUUACUGGAAAUACAAAAUUAAGUCCUCUGUGCUCUUAGAUAAAUUGAAUUCAGAUAUCCUUAAAAUGUAAAAAAGAUGCAAAAGAAUAAGGCGCCAGAGUGAUACAAACCGCUGAGAAGGUGGAGGGGGUUUAGAAGACCAGGGAUUAGAACUGAAUAUUAAGCAAACUCGUUUUAGGCAAAUUCUCCUGGAGUGGGCUGGAUGGCUCCCUCCUCCCGACUCAAUUCCUGGUGUGGAAUUACUUUGAUUUUUCCUUGGACUGCCCGUGAUGUUCAUUCAGUCUAUCCUCAUGUGGACUUUGUAGAAUUUCCAAGAUGCGGGGACUUGGGCAGAGCACGUCCGUGAUUUGCCCGGAGCCCUGAGCUCUCAGUGGGAGUUCUGUCCAUACUUUUUUUUAAUCUCCAAAGCACUGAGAGAGUCUAAUGAAUCUCUGGCCAUCUGGGUUGCAGAGUAUCUGUCAUAUAUGCACUCUGACAGCACUUUAUUUAAAAAUUCUCUUCCUCGGAAGCUGUAGAUUUAAAGUAGUGGGGACCGAUUUGGAAGCUCUUUCUUACAACCCUGGAUUCGCGAGUCAAAUCGUGCCCCCUGGCUGGGGUGUGAUGAGCGCCUGUCUCAUGACGUGGGCAGGAAUGGCGCUGGCCUCUCCCUAGUCCCUCCCACUUGGCACCGUGAGGCAUUGAGCUAUCCGGGGUCUCACACUCACCUCUCCAGAAACCUCAAUUAACAGGCUAUUGCGCAGCACCAGCCUGAUGGGUAGCUGUGAUUAUUAAGUCAGAUUUUAGUGAGCUCCUCCCUCUUUCCAGAAUGGCCUAGAGGUCUGGACGCACUUUUAGCAUCACCGACACUGCGUGGCUGCAGGUCACCCUAGUGUCCAAGAGUUGGUAUUGGCCAAAUCCCCUUGGAUGAGACGAGAGCUGGUCCCCGAGGCGAAGAGAAACACCCCUAGUCUCCCUGACAGUACGACCCGGCAUCCUCUGAGAUCAUUGUCUGGUUUAUGUAUUUUCAUUGCUUUGAAUGGCUGGCUGCGUUUUCUCACUGAGGGGUCACCCUUUGCCUGCCGCUUGCUCGCUUCCAGCGUUGGUCGGGGGCAGGGGUGACGAUGGGCAGUCACCCCCUCCUGCUCUCUGCAUGUCCCCUCAGCUUCGUCGCCACAUUUCUUCCCUGCCUUCCUCGCUGCCCGCUCUCGUCCUUGCUUGCCUCUCCUUCCUUUGCCUGUUUUCUUUGGCAGCUGUGGCUAGUUGCCCUGAUCCUCCCUGGCACCACCACUCUGAGGUCUAAAAAGGGCGGAAAAGCAAGGCAAUUGUGAGAGGCAGCGUGGCGUCCCUGCUGAAUUACAUAAUGACCUCCACCGACCCAGUGACUGAAGGACAGAUUUCCCCAGCUUCUGUGCAGAUGGUUUAGGAUUUCGGCACAGCCCCCCACGCCUUUUAUUAUUAUUACUUUUUAAGAUUUAUUUAUUUUGAGAGAGAGAGAGAGAGAGAAGAAGAGGGACAGAGGGAGAGAAUCUUUCAAGCAGACUCCACGCUGAGCAAGGAGCCCGACGGCAGGGCUCGAUCCCACAACCCAUGAGAUCAUGACCUGAGCCGAAACCAAGUAUUGGAUACUCAACCGACUGAGCCACCCAGCCCCCCCUUUAUGCCCAUUUAAGGGAGGGGCACCUAGUUUGCUCUCCUGACAGAUGACAGCACCACUCCGCUGUCGGAGGGAGUGGGGGAGCUGGGGUCUGCUUGCUCCCCUGUUGUUUAUUAACUGUAAAUAGUGAAUUUCAAGUUGACAGGUACCUUCUCAGGGAUUUAUAUAUAAAUGUAGUUAGAGGAAAAGAUGAAGUAUAUUUUAAUACUUUUAUUAAAAUGUUCGAGUGAAUUAUGAUUACACUAGACAGAAGAAAUAUUUCCAAGACGACGUCAAUGCUGCUGUCUUCUAGGGAAAUGUCCGCCAUCUCCCUCAGUUGCGAUUUUCUGGUUAUUGGAGAUCCGGGACUUUGGCAGCUGAAACGGCUCUGGAGUGGACGUGAGGUCACCUCAGCUCCUCUCAGUUACCUCUUGUGGAUGUGAACCCUUGUGUUUAAAAAAACUCAGCCUGUAUGUUAAGUAGCGGUGGUCAUGAUAACACAGAAGGCUAUUCACCGAUUUCACCUCUAGAACUGGCUCCUCCCCGUCUGCUCCCGGGGUGGGUGGGGUCACAGUGACAGUUUCUCGUCCUGGCUUAUGUGAUUCCAGUGUUCCGUAGUCUCCCUGCUGGGCAGGAGGAGGGAAAAGCUGGGAGAGGUUCUUCUGGAAUGACCUCAGCGUUCAGAGCAUAAACUCUCCAUGUCUUUGGCCACCCUAGAGAAACACAGCCCAGAACAUCAUGGACCAGAACAUCAUGGACCAGAACAUCAUGGACCUUCCUUCCUCUCUCCGAGGAAGGAAUAUUCCAUCACCCGGAAGGCACCUGGCAGUACUGGGUACCUCAGCCACAUGAAGAUCAGAAAUUGCAGUUCCUUGUCUCAGCUUUGGGCCUUCCUGGGACACCAAGCUCAUUCUGCGGAGAAGGACGGAGAGAUUCGUGAUGUCAGCUGGAACACGGGGCUUGUGCGUGCAGAGAGGCCGUUGCAGACUGCCUCUCCCCACUUCCUUCCAUGCUUUAGGGGGUGAGCAGGUCUCUGGGGAUCCAGCGUCUGAGUGAGGGCCAGGCGGUUGUGUGUGAAACAGAAUCCCACGAGGUGGGGCCAGCCCCCAGUCCGGAAAUGGAUGCAAAGCCUGUCAUCCUUAGGGAAGAAUCCGGGGUACCAAGUCAUGAAGAAAGGCCUCCCCGAGAGUUCAGUAAAGGAGCCAAGACUAAGAAGUGGGCCCGGUUUGUCUCUUGCAGCGUCUGGCAAGAGCCCUACCUCUCUCCCCUUGUCCCCACAACAGUCAGAGAGCAGACCGUCUUUUCCUAAUUUCCCGGAAGUUCCUCGGAGUUCCAGGCCUGAUGUAAGUCAGCUGUUCCUCUUUCCCCGGGUUCACCUGGAGAUCCCUGCUCACUCAUUGCCCAUUCUCGUACCACACACGGACGCCCCAGGCUCUGGAGAUCCAUCAUCAACCAUUGUCAAGUUUCUGGUCACAGGCCUUUAGGUGACGGAGUGCUCACACUUGUUUUUUUUUUACAGCAUUCGGGAAGAUUCAAACAGGUACCCUGGUAUUUGCUCGGGACCCUAUCCAGCCUGUGUGGGUCAUUUGGGAAAAUUCAAACAGGUACCCUGGUAUUUGCUCGGGACCCUAUCCGGCCUGUGUGGGUCCCUGGAGGCUGCACUGGCUGUGGGUUCUCCGCACACCAAGUCCCCUGUGUGCAGGGUCCUCGAUUCCCGGACCAACUUGCUGUAGCGGAGGGAAGGUGGAGGGGCCAUCGCAACUGGUCCUUAGAGAACAAUGAGGUCACGUUUCUGGCAGCAACUGGAACUGGGAAGACAAUGGUCACAGCGGGAGUGCUGGUACCCACAAAGUUCUUCCUAAAAGACUGAUGGCUGUGUUCCCUGUUUCACACCUCGGAGCAUUUAGAACUUGUUUCGUUCGUCUGGGUAACUCUGGAGUCAGCUGCUCAUUUCUGGGACCUUGAAUUCACAUGUUUCUUCAUUAACAUUUAAAAGAAGAGGCUAAAAAAGAAUUCCUUCUGGAGGUGGUUUUUUGAAGGAAAAAAAAAAAAAAAAAAGCAAAACCACCAGCCCACCACUACCUGAACUGAUUUAGCUAGUUUUCUAGCACCUCCGUUGAAUGCCGGUGUUGUGCACACGAUCUCCUCACUGUGAGCCGGCCUGUGGCAGGCACAGCGCCCCCUGCAGGGCUCCGGUGGCCCUUGGCUGCCGGCUGUGCCGAAGCGGACGGUGUGGGCCAAGGUGUGAGCGUGCACACGCGUGGGCAUGCACACACACAGAUGAACUGAAGGGAGACCAGGCUUUGUGAUCGCAAAGGUGACCUCUGCUGUGGCUCCCGGGGAAGGUGAAGGGUGACCUGCUUCGAUGCGUGUGUUCAGGAGGGUCGGACAGCCCAAGACUUACUGGAAGCACUUUGUCCAAUGGGACACGUAACACGGCCAGCGUGUCAGAACCCAGAUCUUACCGCGAGGCAGUGUUGGCCCAGAUGGCUCCUAGAGGAGCUCCUCGGCAAGGUCCAGUAGCCGAUCUGGGGCAUCUCUCUGCCUUUGACGUUCAUCCUUCACAUUGAGAGGCAGAAGCCAGAGAUGACUGCUUGGGGAGCACCACCGGCCAUUCAGCGUUGGCCACGGGGUGGGGGCCUGAAUUUCUUGGAAUUUGGUGCCAGGUUAGCCGUAGAAUCAACAUCUUACCCUGAGGAAGCGCUAGGAUUUUCCCAAGUCUGCCCAAGGAUUAGGUAGUCUAGUGAAAGCUAACACAGUUGGGUUUUUGAGAGAUAUUUAUUCAUCCUAGUGUUACACCUUUGUCUUUUGUUUUAAAAGGAAACGUAGGCGAGAAACAAAGAUGAAGCUGGUCAUUCCGGGGAGAGCAGUGACCUGUGUUGACCCGACACUUUAUAAUGUUUUGGGAGGUUGCAUUGAAGCACUUUAAUAACAGUUUUUGAGCAGACGUUCUAGAAGCUGGUUUGGAACUGUAUGACUCUGGAGAACUGGAUGUGAACUAUAUAAGGAUCCUAUAAACCCGGCGAGCCUUGGGGACAUCCUGAGGAAUGGGAAUGAGAUCCCCUGCUCAGAUGAACAGAAAAUGCUCUCCUUAGAAUUCUCUUCUUUCGAAUCAUUGUCCCACCUGGCAUUUUUGGGGGGCGUCUGAGGGUGUGUAUUUUUAAUAAUAAGAGGACUGAACAGACUUCAGCACGGGAAGCCAGAUUGCAAGUUAGGCCACCUCGGUAUAUAGGUUCUGUUUUCUGAACAUAAAGCUAUUUUCAUCGUUUCUGAAAAUGGAUAUUGUAAAAAUGUUGACUCUGGAUAGAACUGUGUACAUUUCAUAGGUUUUUAUUUUGACGUGAGUUUUGUUACAGUUUAUAAAAGGUAUUUUCCUAUUUAGACCUCAGGGCUACUUGGGGACCUACAAGUACAUGUGACUCCCAGCAGCUUCAAAUUCUUGCUAUCCAAAAGGUUAAUAAUACUCUUUAGGUUAAAUAGGAUACUUUAUUCAGCAGAAAGAACGUGUCUGUCCCUUUUAACCUCUGACAAAUUCUGUAUCUCAUAUUUAAAAAGUAUAGAAGAAAAAUAAUGUAAACAUAUGGGGGAAUUGUGGCUACAGGAUUAAAAAUCACUUGUGAAAUAAACACUCUCCUGGUACAGUGGUAUGGUAUUGGAAUAAACCAAAGUGUGUAUAAAUGAGAAAAUGAGACAAUUAAAUAUGUCAGUAUUUUUAAUGUCCCUUA